GAACCUUUUGCAGUGACAGCCCCGGGCUGUGUGGUGAUGGUGCUGGGGAGGAGAGGGAGGAGGAGCCCCUGUGUACCAGGGACAAGAAGCCUCAUUAUUAGGGGAUAUUAAUCAUGAGCAGCAGGCUGGGGGAGAUGCCUGUGUGCCGGGCUCAGUAUGAGGGUCUGUGGCUACUAAUGAUCUAAGAGGGGCGGCUCUGCCUCUGCCAGUCCCCCAGCACACCCUGCACGCUGUGUACCCAUGGAGAUGCCCUGCAAGCAGCAGUAGCAGCACCCCAGCACUGGCAUCUGCAUCUGCUGCCUCCCCUCCAUCAUUGCUGUGAGCUGCUGCUGCUAAGAGGCGAGGCACAGGGGGGUGAGGUGGGGUACCCGGGGGACCACCAUGGGGAACACCACAUCUUGCUGCGUGUCCUCCAGCCCCAAGCUGCGGAGAAAUGCUCACUCCAGGCUGGAGUCCUACCGACCGGAGCAGGACAUCAGCAGGGAGGAUACAGGGUGCAACCUGCAGCACAUCAGUGACCGGGAGAACAUAGACGAUAUGAAUAUGGAAUUUAACCCUUCAGAUCAUCCACGGGCAAGCACAAUAUUCCUCAGCAAAUCCCAAACAGAUGUGAGAGAAAAGCGAAAGAGCCUUUAUAUAAACCAUAAUCCUCCAGGACAAAUGAGGAGAAAGUACAGCUCCUGUUCUACUAUAUUCCUCGAUGACAGCACAGUCAGCCAACCUAACCUCAAGUAUACAAUUAAAUGCGUAGCACUUGCAAUAUAUUACCACAUAAAAAACAGAGAUGGAGAUAGCAGAUUGCUUUUAGAUAUUUUCGAUGAAAGGCUUCACCCUCUGUCUAAAUCAGAAGUACCAUCUGAUUAUGAGAAGCAUGACCCAGAGCAGAAACACAUCUAUCGUUUUGUCCGGACGCUCUUCAGUGCGGCCCAGCUGACGGCUGAAUGUGCCAUAGUGACCCUGGUGUAUCUUGAAAGACUGUUAACAUAUGCGGAAAUAGAUAUUUGUCCAGUAAACUGGAAAAGGAUUGUACUGGGAGCAAUACUACUUGCCUCUAAGGUUUGGGAUGACCAGGCUGUGUGGAAUGUGGACUAUUGCCAAAUCCUGAAAGAUAUCACGGUUGAGGACAUGAAUGAGCUGGAGAGGCAGUUCCUAGAAUUACUACAAUUCAAUAUUAAUGUACCGUCCAGUGUUUAUGCCAAGUAUUAUUUUGACCUGCGGUCGCUGGCAGAAGGCAACAAUCUUAGCUUUCCACUGGAACCCCUCAGUCGGGAUCGUGCUUGUAAACUUGAGGCUAUUUCCCGCUUGUGUGAGGAUAAGUACAAGGACUUCCGAAAAAUGGCCAAGAGACGUUCUGCAAGUACUGAUAACCUAACUGUUGUACGAUGGUCUCCCGCUAUUGUAUCCUAACAGUGGCUUCAACUUGCAGACUCCACUGUCUCAUGUACUGUUUUGUCAGAAUAUCAUUGUCUAUUGUCUUGGGAAAUAAGACAUUGUUUUUUAUUCUGAAGAGUCGCCAAGCCUCCCUUACAGUGCCUCCCUGUCACCAAGAUGGGAUACAUCAGCCACUUUCUGGAAACAUUUUAAGCCAUUUCAUUUGUAUCACACUUCUCUUGCUGAUUUGGACAACAUAUUCUUAAAAUCUACUAAAAUGAGAACCCUGGGCAGAUGAAAAAGUGGUAACUCAAAAAAAGUCCAUUAAAUCACAUGCUGGAAAUAUCCACAAACUGCGAAAAUAACAUUUUCUUUAUUCUCGGUAUACUGUAUAUCAGCAGUGUUUUUAUUUAAAUGUAUUAUAUUGAUAUGUUUGUUUUUUUGGCAAAGUUUGGCCAUUAUCCAGUUGUUACUAUGUUUCUGUAGAUUCAAAGGAAAUAUUGACCCUUGUAGGUGGUGUGCUGAGCGAGGUCAGAGCACCAUAGCAGGUCUCAUGAUUUGUAUUCCUAGUGACAGAGCAUUUAUGAGCACUGGUAACUGUGCACAUAAUAUUCUGUAACCCAUAGCAACCAGAUGUUUGCUUUCAUUCUCUAAAUGAGCCUGGUUGCUGUACGUUACAGCAACCUUUUUUGCAUUACUUUAUGUGCAACAAUUUUCAUAAAUGUGCCCCAAGUUUGCUUUCAUGCAUUUAGAAUGUUCUUGGUUUGCAAAGUUUACAAUGAAGAAACAGUGACUUGACUUUUAAACAAAUGAAUCCCCAUUUAAACAAGCUAUAUAUAAUUUUACAUAACCAUUUUACUUAGAUUUCUAUCAUUGUAUAUGGAAGGGCAUACAUAUGAAAUACAGAAAUGUUCAUCCACCCAUGUCACACCUUAAUCCUUACAGAGGGCACAAAACACAAUUAUACCUAGGUUCAGACAUAUUGGGGGGUAUUCAAAUGUUUAAAAAGUCAGUUGGGAGUCUGUUUUUUCCUAUCUAAUAGACAGGAAAAAACAGACAACCAACCAACUUUUCAAACAAUUGAAUACCACCCAUUUACUCAAAUCUGUCUUAUCACCAAAAAUCCAGAAGCCAUUCCUAUAAUUGCGCUAAAGUGAUGUGACAUCACACAGCCACUAACUGAAUGACCAAACCCACCCAAAUAACAACAAAAGUAACCAAAAACUCAUGUUUUAUGUGUCACCGCUAGUGUUGAUAAUAGUUUUUGGUUACCACCAACAGUACAGUUGGGUUAGAUGUCAUGAAUCAUUUCUAAGGGUACACAUCUUCGCGCAUUCUGCACUAAGUCUAUUGUGGGUUUGCUGUAUGGGUGAGAUAUGUGCAAUAUUUGGGCCAUUCCUCUUUUUCUGCACUUGUAAAAUUCCAUUAAGUUCUUGUUUUAUCUUUUAUUUUUACCUACAGAAGUUUUCAGUACACCAAAAGCAAAAAAAAAUACAGUGGACGUGGCAGAUAUGCCAUUGCAGUUUGAUUUUAUAAUCCGAAUGUACCUCUUUGUCUUCAUUCGUUUUGGGAAUUCUUUGGUGUUUAAAUAAUUCUAUUUAAUAUAUCAUGAUGAGUUCAUUCCGUUGCAAUGCAACUAGGUCCAUUUGCAAGCAAUAUUGUCGCACUGUAUAUGUUUACCUUAAGACAUAAAUGUGUUUGUAUGUGUAUAUACAAUAUAUAUAUUGCAGGAAAAAAGUGAAGUAAACCUUUAACAAAAUGUUUAUUUUUCCAGCUUUCACCUUUUUACUUUUCACAUGUAAUCACUGCAACAAUUAUUUGAAUAGGAAAAUAGUAAUGAUGUGAAAUUUAAUUUUGACAGUUUCAUAAAAAUCUGAAUUAAAAAUGAUGCGUUAAUUCUGAAAUAAUAAGGAUCCACUGUGACCUACUGAAGUGAUUUAGGAGUUGAAUCUGACAUCAAAUAGCAUAGAUCUGUAAUAAUCUACAGCAGUUAAAUAUUUUCUAUGUGUACUUUGACUUCCAUUAGGCUGAUCAAAAUGAAUGGACUAAAUGACCCUCAUAUUGAAAGAAGCACUGAGUUCAAACGCAAUAUUAACUUUUAUGUUUCAACGUGGUUCUGUUAAAAAGUGAAGCUGAAACCGUACCCUACAUCUCUGUAGGGGAUCUGAUACAUGAUAAAAAUAGAGUAUAACAAUGUAAAUUUCCAUCAGUUAAGCUGCUGUGACAUCACUGUCCCUUGUAUGAAUUCAUCAUUAUAUAGAAAAUUUGGCAUCCACAUACUGCUGGUCCCAAAUGAUGAAAGAUAAAGAUCUUGCAAUUAUGCUCGUAUUGCAGCAUAAUUGCAGAUGGGGAAGAGUGCAUGAUGGAAUUGUUUACUUAAAAAAAGAAGACUAUUUGCUUUGUUUUAUUUCUAUUUAGCAAAGAGUUGCAACACUGUUUCACAAUGCACUUGUCCUGGUUACCUGACAAAUCUGGAUGGAGAUGUAAGAGCUCCAACUAUUGUGUUUUCAGACUGGAUGAGUAGAGAUUUAGGGGUAUAUGCAAUUCACGGCGAAUCGCGGCAAAUUUUCGCCAUUUUUAAAUUCGACACAAUUCGACAGGUGAAUUCUGGCAGGUGGCUGCCGGAAUUCACCAUAUUCAAUGCAAAACGGAUUCGACAGUCCCGCGGGCGAAAAUCGGCCGAUUUGGCGGAUUUUGCCGCGAUUUUAAAAAACGGGAAAAAGCCUGAAAAAAAAAUGGCGUGGGG